AUGAUGAAUGAUGAUGAUGAUGAUGAUGAUAAUAAUAAACUCCAUAUAAGAUUUCAUUUCAUUCAGUUGAGUAACGGUCCCAUCGUACUCAACAAUAAUUCGGCAUCAUCCUCUUCCUUAUUAUCAUUUACAAGCACUGAUAGUUCAGGUGAAGAUAGUACUGACAGUACGACUAGUGAUUAUUAUAAAAUUGAAGCUAAAUUUAAUUUAAAACCACACGUUACUGACGAAUCAUUAAAUUUACAAUUACAAAAAUUUAAACGUUUACUAAAACGUUUGGAACCUGUUUAUUCGAACACAAGUAACGAGAAAGUAGUCACAGCAGCAAAUACUGUACCAAAAAUGCCUACUGCAAGCGUUUUACCACCACCAUCAAUGAAUCCUCGCACAGGAAAACAAUUCGAACGUUAUCGAUUUAAUUCGUCGAAUAGAACGAAAAAAAAUUCUUCCUCAUCAACUCCUCCGUCAUCAAACAAACGUUAUAAAUUUGCAGAUAGUCAAAGUGAUCAUGAACCUGGGAACAUCUAUCAUUUUCGAAAAGGUGGAAAAACGGACUCAUCAUUCAAUUCACCUGAUCGCCGUUCAUUGUCGUCAGACAGAUAUGAUUUUAAUUUUGAUAAAGAGAACAUAGGUGCUGGUAAAACAGCUACGCUUGUUCGAUCAGGUAGCGGUUUAGAUGGUCAUACACCAACAUAUAUGCAUGGUACACAGCUGCAAAAUGGUAUUGGAGCGAAAAAGUUAACAGUGACAACACCUUAUCGAUUCCCACCUUCAGCAAAACAGAAAGAUAUUCGACAUCCAAGUCAAACAUCAUCGUUUGACGAAGAAACUACACCCGAAAAAAUUUGGGAAUCUAAACAUUUACAACCGAAGAUUGUCUUUGACAGUACAACUGAUAAUAAAGCAGGAGGACAGAAACGAGUAAGAAUUGAUGAUCCACAAGGUCAACAAAUGGCUUACGAUCGUAAUUAUAAACUUCCAACGAGAGUAAAUACGAUCACCACGACAAAUGGUGUUGAUGAUACUUUGAAAUAUCCAAAAUCGAAACAAACGCCACUUCCACCACAAGUACAAGUUGUUCGGCUUGAACCACCGACGACCACAAACUCGUCUCGUUCCUAUUUAAAGAAAGCACAAGAACGUCUUGAUGCUAAACGUCAUGGUCCAUCACCUCAAUCAUUUAAUAAAUCAUUAGAUCAUUUUUUUUCGUCAACAAUUCCAAAACUAGAACAGAAACGUUGGCAACAAGAUCAUCAACAACGAGUUAUUCCACCUCCUGCGCAGUUUCAACAGCCACAGGUGAUUGAUCCCGCAAAUGUAACCAUUGAAGCAUUGAGACGUCGACUCAAUGUUGAGGAUUAUCAUCAACGUUCACCUUUACUCAGAAAAGCUCGAGAUUUGCCUCGACAACCCCAGCCUACAUCACCUUACCGUAGUCAGUAUUAUGCAAACAGUGAUGAUGAUCAACAACUCCAAAAAAUGUAUCCCACACCACCAAUCGAUUAUCCCAUGGAUAGCGAUGAUUCAGCUUCGGAAGAUUAUAAUCGAUCACUGCCGUCGAAUGUUAUACCAACAACCUCUUACAUUCGUGGACAAGUACCAUCAGCCUAUUUGGCUCAUAGUACAAUAAUGAAAAAUGUCAACCGUAGUUUACUAGCCAAAGAUUUUAAUAACUCUACACAAACUCUCACCACAAGUUCAACAAUGGCGAAUAAAAAUCGUUUAAAACUAUUAGAUCGAGCAGUUCAUAGACAGUUAAAAACAAGCGAACAUCGAUCAUUACAACGUGAACUAUCACAUAAUCUUAUUCGCUGUUUUUCGACGACUUAUGUCGAUGAUUUGAGACGUGAAGAUCUUCGAUAUAAAUAUAAUCGAACAAAUAUGAAAUCAUAUACAAAUGAAGACAUCGAAGAUAUUUACAUGUCAGCGUCGCUGGAAAAUUAUAAAAUGAAAACAGAAAUCGAUCGAGAGAAACGAACACGAUCGGGACUUAGUUCAAGUAUGGAUCAUCAAAGUUUAUCAACACCAUCAUCAUCAUCCAUUAUUGGAAGACUAUCACCAUUAUCAUUGCAUAGUCCAAUGACCAUAUCGACUAGUCAUAAUAGAACACAAAAUGGUAGUGCUGGCGAUGUGCAAUCAUUAGGGUUUGAACCAGAUAGACGUUCACUACGAUCAACGACAUCGCCAUCUCAGACUGUAUCAAAUAUUCCACCCGAUAUUGAUUUAUUUUACGAAAUUGUUCAAGAACAUUUUCGUGGUGUUGAUGCAACAAUAGCCGGUCAAGUAUCGAAUGCAUCACGUUAUACAACACCAAAAAACCGACGAAACAUGUCACAACAACAACAAAUUUUAUCGAAAAAACCGAUAGAUCAAGAUAGUGACAUUGAAAUAAAUUCAAAUUCAUCAUUUUGGUCAGACGAAGAUGAACAACAAAUGAAUACAAAUGGUGGAAUUCUAGCACAAUUACCACAACGUCACAUAAAUCGUUAUUUAUCAACUGUAAAUCGUUCAUUAUUAGAUCGUCCAAGUAAUUUAAUUUCCGAUUAUUAUAUAUCACAUUUAAAUCGUUCAAUGAAAGAUAGCGUUCGAAGUGUUGAAGUUAUUGCAAGAAAUAUAGCUCGAAAUAGAUGGCGAGAUGAAUUUGAUCAAUCAUCAAAAUUAGGACGAAGCUUGUCAGCUGAACAUUUAUAUCAAGUUAGACGAGAACAUUUACGUUACCGUCAACCAUUUACAACCCCAGCUAGUUUUACAGCUGAAGAUGUGUCGGAUAUAUAUAAACCAUUUCAACUGGAAAAUUAUAAACGUAAAAUUGCAAUCGAAGUUGAACGACGAAGAAGAGAAAGACAAGGACAAUUAGCGGCAGGUGUUCGAAGUCCAAUGUACGCGAAUGAACCUGAUUUGCAUGGUGCUGUUAAAUCCCAUCAACCUGUUAUUCAAGUGCCAAUAAUUCCAGUUAAUUCAUCAAAUCAUCUUCCAUCACGUGCACGUCCCGUUUAUAAUACACUAGGAACCGGAUCACAACAGUUUGAUCACAAUAAUAAUAUCAUACUUAAUGGUAGUGAUAUAUCUAGAAAUAAUAUUUCGAUUGUUGAUCCGCCUGUUGUACAUUCAAACACAUAUAACAGACCAAUAACAGACCAUGUUCACAUCGAUACAGCCCGUUCAUCGAUUCAACAACCGUAUGAUGAUCACUCCGAAAAAUUAAAAAUAUCACCAAAACCAAAUGCUGAAAUUCGAAUUAGACAAGACCGAGCACAAACGAAAUUAGAAGCACAAAAUGGUUUAGUCAAUGGUGCAUUAAAAGCAUCACAACAAGUACUUAUGUAUGAUCAAGAGCCAGUAAUACCAGAUAAAGCUAGGCGAAGAGUCCAGAUUAUACCAACUCAGCCAUCAUCUGCCACUUCGAUUCAUAAACCAAAAAUAUAUACUCAUUCACCAAUAGUCGAUACAAUUAAAAUGAGUAAAGCUGGUGUUGUCAUUGACUCAGCAGGUUCUGAAGAUUUAUCAACCGCAAAAGUUAAAAGUAUUACUACAUAUCACAAAGGAAAAAUAAAUAAACCGUUAGUUGUUCAACAAACACAACCUUUACCAAUUGAACAUAAAGAUGUAGAACAUGCAAGAAUUGCACCGAGUCAGGGACAUCCUCGCGAACAAAUUCAAAGUAAAUCACCAGUUAUUUUAAAUGCACACGAGUUUAAACGUUUAAAAUCACAUGAUCAAGAAGUUGAAAAACGUUUACAUCAAUAUCCUUCUGAACAACAAAAAGGUAAUUUAAUAAUACCAGAAGCCAAAUAUAUGGUACCAGUCGAACAAGAUAUUCAUGUAUAUGAAAAUAUUGAAAAAAUGCAUCAUCUACAACAAAUCGAUCGACAUCAUCUAA